UCAGCAUGUACCCAAGAGCACCCCUCAAACAUCUCCAGCCCACUUGAGCUUCAUGCUCCCAUCAAUUGCGCAAACACCAAAAACUUCUGCCCACCACCGAGCCCAUAUAAUUGCCGUCGCAUCUACCAUUACUUUCAUCACAGCCGAAAAAGGGACAACUUCCUCCUCGCCCUUGAGCCCAGCUUGCUCAAAUGUCGGACAUCCAGGCGCGGAUGCAGGCUCUGUCGGAGGAGUACAAGAAGAUCCAGACAGAGCUCGACACCUCCAUCCAGGCCAGGCAGAAACUAGAGGCUCAGCUGCAGGAAAACAAGGGAGUCGAGAAGGAGUUCGGAAAGCUCAAAGAUGACGAGGCAAUCUACAAGCUCUCUGGCCCUAUCCUGCUGAAGCAGGAGAAGGUCGAGGCCGACAGCACCGUCAAGGGCCGCAUAGAGUUCAUCACCAAAGAGAUUGCGAGGCUAGAGAAGCAGAUCAGUGAUGGUCAGGAUAAGCUGGAAAAGAAAAAGGGCGAGAUCAUUCAGGUGCAGUCGAACGCACAAGCAGCCUCUCAGCCGCAAGCUGCACAGGCAUGAUGCGCCAGGUGAUGGUCCAUGUCGUGUGCUGGGAAGGGAAAUCAUGCUAGCAUUAUGAUCUAGUGAUCCAUGUACGACUAAAUACCCAAAAGACAUGACGCUAACCUAUUCCCCGAAAAACCCAUGCGCCACGCUCAGAGAAUAGGAGAUUUUGCCAUCCUGACAUCGU